CACUGCAGCAGCAGAGCGCCUCCUCCCUCCUCCUGGAGCCGGAGUUGCAUUCCUGUCCUCUCCAUUCACACGCAGGGAGCCGCCGGAGAGAGAGCACCGCCGCUCCGUGACCAGAGUGGAAUGUCCCUAAGUUUUGGAAUUUAAAAACAUGGCGAGGAUAUCUAACCUACGGAUCACUUGAACCUGGCUCCCACCUCGUGCCUCUGUGGAUGAUGUUCCUGAUGACGGCUUGCAACGCUGAGAACAGGACAGUGAAUUAGGAGUUUUGUUGCCCCUCCCUUUAUCCUUCUCUCUCUCCCAAAAACUGUCCUCCCUUAUUCCUUGACAGAAGAGCAUAAAACGAAAGAAAAUCCUGACUUGGGUCUUGGUACUAGAGCUUGUACUCCUCCUCCUUCUCCUCCUCUCUUUUUCCUUCUCCAACCCCCUAAGCCUUGCCUCUAGACGGCCCAGAUAUGUGCCCCCUAGCUCGGUCAGCGGCUUCCCCUGGCCAGGGGAACUUGUUUCUCCUCUUGGGGCUUUUGCUUAUCAUGAGCUCAUCCUUCUCUGGAGGCCAACCCCCGCCCUUCAAACGAUUUGCCCCUGCUGAAUGGGGGCUUACACAUCUGGCCAUCCACAACAAAACUGGAGAAGUCUACGUGGGAGCUGUCAACUGGAUUUUCAAGCUGUCUAGCAACCUGACCAAACUACGCAGCCACAUGACUGGCCCAGUGGUGGACAAUGAGAAGUGCUACCCUCCGCCCAGUGUCCAGUCCUGCCCUCAUGACCUGGCCCAGACCCCCAAUGUGAACAAGCUUCUUCUCAUAGACUACGCACAGAACCGCCUCAUUGCCUGUGGCAGCACUUCGCAGGGGAUCUGCCAGUUCCUACGUCUGGAUGACCUCUUUAAGCUUGGCGAGCCCCACCACCGCAAGGAGCACUACCUUUCCAGUAUGGCAGAGUCGGGCACCAUGUCCGGGGUCAUCAUAAGCUCCCCCCACAGUCCGACCAGCAAGCUUUUCAUCGGAACUCCCAUUGAUGGCAAGUCUGAGUACUUCCCCACAUUGUCCAGCCGCAAGCUGAUGGAGAAUGAAGAAAAUGCAGACAUGUUCAGCUUUGUCUAUCAGGAUGAGUUUGUCUCCUCUCAGCUGAAGAUUCCCUCCGACACUUUGUCCAAGUUCCCUGCUUUCGACAUCUAUUAUGUUUACAGCUUCAGCAGCGAGCAGUUUGUCUAUUAUCUAACAAUGCAGCUGGAUACCCAAUUGACUUCACCUGAUGCCAGUGGAGAGCAGUUCUUCACCUCGAAAAUUGUCCGCCUCUGCGUGGACGACCCCAAGUUUUACUCCUAUGUUGAGUUCCCCAUUGGCUGCACUAAAGAUGGGGUAGAGUACCGCCUGGUGCAGGAUGCCUUCUUGGCUCGUCCAGGCCGGCAGCUGGCCAACUCUCUGGGGAUCUCUGAGAAUGAAGACAUCCUCUUCACAGUCUUCUCUCAGGGUCAGAAGAAUCGGGCCAAACCACCCAAAGAGUCAGCAUUGUGCCUGUUCACCCUCAGGAGGAUAAAGGAGAAGAUCAAAGAAAGAAUUCAGUCCUGCUACAAGGGAUAUGGGAAACUCUCCUUACCCUGGCUGCUCAACAAGGAGCUCGCCUGCAUCAACUCGCCCCUGCAGAUAGACGAUAACUUCUGCGGCCAGGACUUCAACCAGCCUCUGGGGGGAACCAGCACCAUCGAGGGCACGCCCCUCUUCAUCGACAAAGAUGAUGGCAUGACCUCGGUGGCGGCAUACGACUACCGUGGCAACACCGUGGCUUUUGUUGGCACGCGGAAUGGCAAACUGAAGAAGAUCUUGGUAAACUCUGUGAGUCCCAACCGUCCAGCGGUGCUCUACGAGAAGGUGACUGUAAGCGAGGGAGGAAGUCCCUUACUGAGAGACAUGCUGUUCAGCCCAGACCAGCAGUACAUCUACACGCUGACUGACAGACAGGUGGUGAGAGUUCCAGUGGAAAGCUGUGAGCAGUACACCACUUGUGGGGAGUGUUUGGGCUCCAGAGACCCUCACUGUGGAUGGUGUGUCCUCCACAAUGUUUGUUCACGCAAGGACCGGUGUGAACGAGCCGGAGAGCCCCAGAGGUUUACCUCCGACCAGAGACAGUGUGUGGAGCUCACUGUUCAGCCAAGAAAUAUCUCUGUCACCAUGUCUGAAGUUCAGCUGGUCCUCCAGGCUCGUAACGUGCCUGAUCUGUCAGCAGGGGUCAACUGCUCCUUCGAGGACUACGUGGAGACGGAGGGACAGAUCCAGGGUGGACACAUCUUCUGCCUGUCUCCCUCCAUCCGGGAGAUCAUCCCCAUCACAAGGAACAAAGGUGACAAGCGGGUGGUGAAGCUCUAUCUGAAGUCCAAGGAGACGGGCAAGAAGUUUGCCAGUGUCGACUUUGUCUUCUACAACUGCAGUGUCCAUCAGUCCUGCCUCUCCUGUGUAAACGGCUCGUUCCCAUGCCACUGGUGCAAGUACCGCCACAUGUGCACCCAGAACGCCAAUGACUGCUCUUUCCAGGAGGGACGUGUCAACGUCUCUGAGGACUGCCCUCAGAUCCUUCCCUCAACCCAGAUCUACAUCCCUGUCGGGGUGACCAAGCCAAUCACCUUAGCUGCCAAGAACCUGCCCCAGCCCCAGUCAGGACAGAGGAACUACGAGUGCGUCUUCCACAUCCAGGGGGAGACCAACAGUGUGCCCGCCCUGCGCUUCAACAGCACCUCAAUCCAGUGCCAGAAAACAGAGUAUACCUACGAGGGCAAUGACAUCAGUGACCUGCCAGUGGAUUUGUCUGUAGUUUGGAACGGAAACUUUGUCAUCGACAACCCCUACAACAUCAAAGCCCACCUGUAUAAGUGCUAUGCCCUGAGGGAGAGCUGUGGGAUGUGUCUGAAGGCAAACCCCAGGUUUGAAUGCGGCUGGUGCGUACAGGAGAAGAAAUGCUCCCUGAGGCAGGAGUGUACUCCUCCAGAGAACACUUGGAUGCAUGCCACCACAGGAAACAGCCGCUGUGCACACCCCAAGAUCACCAAGUUGUCUCCGGAGACUGGGCCCAGGCAGGGAGGAACCAUGCUGACCAUCACGGGUGAGAACCUGGGUCUGCAGUUCAAAGACAUCCAGAGUGGAGUCCGCAUCGGAAAAGUGACCUGCAACCCUCAGGAGGACCAAUACAUCAGUGCCGAGCAGAUUGUGUGCCGGCUGAAUGAUGCAACAGGUUACAGGGUGCAGGAGGCUCAGGUAGAAGUGUGUGUUAGGGACUGCAGUCACCCCGACUACAAAGCAGUCUCCACCAAGGCCUUCUCCUUUGUGUCUCCAUACUUUACCCGUGUCAUUCCUUCCACUGGGCCACUGUCUGGAGGAACAAGGAUCACCAUUGAAGGCAGUCAUCUCAAUGCAGGCAGUGCUGUAUCUGUGAAGAUAGGACUUCACCCCUGCCACUUCGAGAGGCGGAGCAACAAGGAGAUAGUGUGUGUCACCCCGGCGGGACAAACCCCUGGCACCACCCCGGUCAUGGUGGACAUCAACUCUGCUGAGCUGAGGAACCCAGAGGUCAAGUUCAACUACUCGGACGAUCCCACCAUCCUCAAGAUCGAGCCCGACUGGAGUAUCGCCAGUGGAGGAACCAUGUUGACCAUCACUGGAACCAAUCUGGCCACCAUCAAGGAGCCCAAAAUGAGAGCCAAGUAUGGAGCUGCCAAGUCUGAAAAUAACUGCACGGUCGUCAACAACACCGUGAUGGUGUGUCUGGCGCCCUCUGUGGCCGGAUCUGAAAAAGGCUUCUCGGAGUCCGGCAGCAGUCCUGAUGAGAUCGGCUUUGUCAUGGAUGACGUGCGCUCUGUGCUGGUGGUAAACGAGACUUUCAGCUACCACCCGGACCCCGUGUUCGAACCUCUGAGCCCCUCGGGCAUGCUGGAGCUGAAGCCCAGCUCACCGCUCAUACUCAAGGGCCGUAACUUAAUUCCUGCAGCCCCAGGAAACGCUAAGCUGAACUACACAGUGCUGAUCGGUGAGACGCCCUGCAUUCUCACCCUGUCUGAGAGCCAGCUGCUGUGUGAAUGGCCCAACCUGACCGGAGAACACAAAGUCACUGUGCGUGUUGGAGGCUUUGAAUACUCACCGGGGACCUUGCAGAUAUACUCCGACAGCCUGCUCACCCUGCCUGCCAUCAUUGGUAUCGGAGGAGGUGGUGGCUUGCUCCUGCUGGUUAUCAUUGUGGUGCUGAUUGCUUAUAAGAGAAAAUCACGGGAUGCGGACCGCACCCUCAAACGGCUGCAACUGCAGAUGGACAACCUGGAGUCCAGGGUGGCCCUUGAGUGCAAGGAAGCCUUUGCAGAGCUGCAGACCGACAUCCAUGAACUCACUCAGGAGCUGGAUGGAGCAGGAAUCCCCUUCCUGGACUACCGCACCUAUGCCAUGAGAGUCCUCUUUCCUGGGAUUGAGGACCAUCCUGUGCUCAAGGAGAUGGAGGUACGGGUCCCUGCUAACACGGAGAAGGCCCUGACAUUGUUUGGCCAGAUGCUGACCAAAAAGCACUUCCUGCUGACCUUCAUCCGCACCUUGGAGGCGCAGCGGUCCUUCUCCAUGCGAGACCGGGGCAAUGUGGCCUCCCUCAUCAUGACGGCGCUGCAGGGGGAGAUGGAAUACGCCACGGGCGUCCUCAAACAGCUCCUGUCUGACCUCAUCGACAAAAAUCUGGAGAGCAAGAACCACCCAAAGCUCUUACUCAGAAGGACGGAGUCAGUCGCCGAGAAGAUGCUCACCAACUGGUUCACGUUCCUGCUUUACAAGUUCCUCAAGGAGUGUGCUGGUGAGCCUCUCUUUAUGCUGUACUGCGCCAUGAAGCAGCAAAUGGAAAAGGGCCCAAUAGACUCGAUCACAGGAGAGGCCCGCUACUCCCUCAGCGAGGACAAACUCAUCAGGCAGCAGAUUGACUACAAGACUUUGACGCUGCACUGUGUGAACCCAGAGAAUGAGAACGCUCCGGAGGUGACGGUGAAGAGCCUGAACUGUGACACAGUGACGCAGGUGAAGGAGAAGCUGCUGGACGCUGUGUACAAGGGCACACCAUAUUCCCAGAGACCAAAGGCCUCUGAUAUGGACCUGGAAUGGCGGCAGGGUAGGAUGGCUCGCAUCAUCCUUCAGGACGAGGAUGUCACCACCAAGAUAGACAACGACUGGAAGAGACUCAACACCCUGGCUCACUACCAGGUGACAGAUGGCUCAGUGAUUGCCCUGGUGCCUAAACAGAACUCAGCCUACAACAUCUCCAACUCCUCCACAUUCACCAAGUCCCUCAGCAGAUAUGGUACGAGAGAAGAGAGCAUGCUGAGGACAGCCAGCAGUCCGGACAGCUUGCGCUCCAGAACACCCAUGAUCACCCCUGACCUCGAGAGCGGCACCAAACUGUGGCACCUAGUCAAGAACCACGACCACUCAGACCAGAGGGAAGGGGACCGAGGGAGCAAGAUGGUCUCUGAGAUCUACCUGACCAGACUGCUGGCCACCAAGGGUACCCUCCAGAAGUUUGUGGAUGACCUGUUCGAGACCAUCUUCAGCACAGCGCACCGAGGAAGCGCCCUGCCUCUCGCCAUCAAGUACAUGUUUGACUUCUUGGACGAGCAGGCAGACAAACACUCCAUAUCAGACUCUGAUGUACGGCACACUUGGAAGAGCAACUGUCUUCCUCUGCGGUUCUGGGUGAAUGUGAUCAAGAACCCCCAGUUUGUCUUUGACAUCCAUAAGAACAGCAUUACAGACGCCUGCUUGUCCGUGGUGGCUCAGACCUUCAUGGACUCCUGUUCAACAUCGGAGCAUAAACUAGGGAAGGACUCGCCUUCAAACAAGCUGCUCUACGCUAAAGACAUCCCCAACUAUAAGAACUGGGUAGAGAGGUACUACUCUGACAUCUCCAGGAUGCCAGCCAUCAGUGACCAGGACAUGAGUGCCUACCUGGCGGAGCAGUCACGCCUGCACGCCAACCAGUUCAACAGCAUGUCGGCCCUAAACGAGAUCUACUCCUACAUUGUCAAGUACAAGGAUGAGAUCUUGUCAGCGUUGGAGCGGGACGAGCAGGCGAGGAGACAGAGACUGAGGAGCAAGCUGGAGCAGGUCAUCGACACAAUGGCCCUGAGCAGCUGAGGACCAUCCAGCAACUCCAUUUCCUCCUUCUCUUCACUCCUCCUCCUCUCCAUCUGUCUCUCUCCCUCGCUCCUCUCACCCAGACAACAAACAAAACUCCAACCCCCAACAGUACGACAGACAAACUGCAAAAGGACUAUAGCAGUAUACUGCAAAAUGGGGGGGGUUCGGCAGAGAUGGGCGGGCCUGUGUACGCUUACAUGUGUAUGUGUGUGUUUGUCUGCAGCCCCAUACAGUGUGUGGGCUCAUGUCUGUGUGAGAGACUGGGACACCAGACAUUUUCACACAUGCAUACAUGGAGAAACAUGUCAAUGACAUUUGAGCAUUUGAUUAUUGUGGAUGUUGGUGUUUGUUGUUUGCUUGACUUUGAUUUCAAGAGUUUUGCCGUGAUGAAGCGAUGGCCAGGAAAGAAACAAUGGAAGCCUGGAAAGGAACUCAAUAUAUGGCAUCAUUCACAGGAUGGACGAAUCUGUGAUGAGCCAAUGAAGAAAGGCUCUGUAGGUCAUGUGACUCCAACGGGUGUCACAGUUUUAAAGGAUGUUAGAUUUUGUUUUGUUUUUGUAUAGAUGUAAUCAACUGCCCACUCUCUGAUCUCUCGCCACUUGUAUUACUGCUGAAUUUGCACAAUUUACAGAAACGUUAGGAAAGACGAUAUAGAUAUUAUAUAUAAAUACAGCUAAGUUUUUAAAGAAACAUUAGGAAGAAAACAUGUUGGGUGUUUUUCAUUUAAACCAACAAACACAAAAAAUAACAAUAAAACAUGAUUUGAUAUUUCAAGUACAAAAGAAAAAAACAACGUAGACAAAAAAAAACAUUGAAAAAGAAACAAAAAAGUCGUACUGUGCCAUGUUUUUUUGAAUGUUGUUUAGUGCAAAGACAUUUUGUUAGAUGGAAUGUGCUACCGUAUGAUUUUAAAUAUGAACAUGCCUAGUGACUGAAAUGAAUUGUUGAAAAUCCUUGUUGAAAAUGACAGGAAGUGAGUGGACACAGUUUUCUGUCUUCUCAAGUUAGUACAGUUCAUGGUGUCAUGGUGAUAACAUGAAGUUGCUAUUGUUUCUAAUUCAAUCAGUGCAAUCUUUUGGUUUCAUAAAACCAAAUAUAUACUCACAGGAUAUUUGCUUUAUCAUGGCCAAGUAUCCCACGCCACGGCUGGUUCUGUUCUCCAAGGGUCAAGAAGUGACAGUUAGGUGGAUCAUGUUAUAGUAACUGAACAAGAAGUAGCUACAUUGCACUACUUGAAAUAUUUCCGUUUGCCCCGAUACCACAAAGCCACCAUAUCUAACCGUUAAGGUGUGUUCACACCAAACAUGAAGUACAUUUUUUGCACAGUGCGAUUACAUAUAAAGUCCAGGCAAUCGAUUAUUCACGUCUAUUCACGCCAAGUGACACAAAUAUGCGUCCGCGCGUGUCGAAGUGUUUGAACAUUUGCGUAACGCUGUGUCAGCGUUGAGAUUUUCCUGACGUCACAGAGAAUCAAAAAUGGAGGGCGCCGUCUGCAGGCAUAUGGAGCACUACGACUCAACGUCAGUACUGUACAGAGAUGGAACAAAAAAAGGAGAUGGCUUGGGGAAAAGUGAGAGAAGCCAUUGGAUUACAUGAUAACAUCUGAGAUAUGUAUUUGUUACUUGAUUCCAGCUAUCAGUUGUACUAUAAUACGAAUCAAAUUAGCACUAAUGUUAGCAUUAGCCGCCUUCCCCGGUUAGUUAGCACUCCAAAUAACACUCCAGCGGCCGUAUUUGCGCGAGUAACGCAAGACGGAAGUUUGCUUUGUAUUUGGUCUGAACACACCUUAAGGAUUCCACAGCUUGUGUUAUUCACACCUCGACGUGUCAUUUAUUUUCCAACACAGUCCUAUUAGAGCAAAGCCUAUGUCUUGUUGCUCUCAGACGCCGUUUACGUCUUUACAGGACCGACAAUGAGGUCAGGUAGAGCUUAGCUGAGCCCCUCAGUGGCGGAACAAAGUGGGGAAAGCUGUUUUCAGCCUAAAGCCAUUUUUUUCCGUUUUCCCAAUGUUAAUACCCUAAUAGAGGGCCACAGAAAAUAUAUACUGAGUGUUUCUCUCCACCUCUAACCUAUGUAUUUGAGAGAGGGGUUUUAGCUUUUUAUCCAUGGGCAGGUUGGGGGGGUAUAGAAAUAUACAAAGGUGAGACAUCUCUGUUCAUUAGCUACACAAGGCUGAGUAAUCCUCCCCUUAGCCUGCAGCUCUUGUUUCAAAACUAGCCUAUUGCCAUGUGUGGCUUAAGCUUUUUUAUUAUUAUGAAGACUGCUCUCUUAAGAGGAUUUCUUUAUUUCUCUUUUUUUGAAGUCUUGAAGUCAGGGUUUUUGACUCUGUUGUGAGAAAUGUUUUCUGAUUUUCUUUUUUUCUGCUUGCCGAAAAACCAAACUGUGGUCUGUAUAUCGUUUUUGUUGGUGUUUUCAUUUGUAAAUUGUAUACUUUUUCACGAUGAACAAAAGCUGUUUGCCAUUUUUUGUUAUCAGGUAGGUUUGUGUUUUUUGUCUUUUUAUUUUCAAUGUGUAAAUUGUACAUUGUACGGUACACAGAAGACAAAAUUAUCUUCGGUUUGCCUGAAGUUGAAAUACUUGACGGAACUCAAGGUUUAUUUUCCUGAUCUCAAGGAUCAAAAUGAAAUUGUUGCAUCAGAUGAGCAUCUGUGUCUUUGUGAUGGAAAUGUGACUUGCUGCUUUAACUCUUCUACCUUGUUUUUCUAUCAAACAUUAGGGCUGUCAUUUUAUGCUGAUCAUAAAUGCUGUCGCUGUCCAUUUUUACGCCAGGUUCCUUAAAAAAACAAAAAAAACGUUUCUCUCAUCCAAUAAUAGUGAGCACACCUCCCAAAUUAAUGUCAACCCACAAUUUUGUUUACAUGUCUGAGAUGUGACAUUGCUUUCUACAGCUGCAUACAUAUCAGCCUAGUUCAACUGGAUACCUGUAGGGACUUGAUAGUUCACUCUGUAAUCUGCAAAACACAAUCUUGAGGGACCACUCUGCUGAAGUUAGGAUAGAAAUUAAAAUUUUAGCUGACCAUGUUGGCUACACACAUUAAAUGAUCUCUGUUAGAAUCAUCUAUAUUAAAGAGAAUACUGCAAAACCUCCACUAAAAUAUGCUUAGUCCACAUACAAUCAUUAUAAACAUGUUUUUUUUCUUCAGUGUACAGCCGAGUUUUUGCUGUAUUUGUACAUUUUGGUGCUCUUACUGUAGAUCAUAGGGCAAGGAAAUAGAUGACUGCUGAGGCCAGAGCUCAGCGGUGCUGUUAACAGCAGUUCCUUUAAUGGUCAGUAUGAGCACAAUGUACAGUAGGGACAAAUCCACUCGCUCCCUGUAAAAGCACACAGAUGAAAACCAGCUGAGGCUACAGUGCCCAGUUGGUGAUCUGUCAGGCUUUUUAAAGACACAUAAACAUUCUCAAUUCAUUGUCAGGUUCAUGCUGCAUUUGUGUCCGUAUUCUCUUUGUAAUUUGGUUGAUUAAAUGAGUGCUGAGGAAGAUGGCUAGUUUAUCGUUUGCAUGGCUACUUGCCUUUUAGAUUGACCUGCUUGGAUGCAUCUUUAGAGAAACUUCCCAUUUACCAUUCUCUAUCCUUUAUUUUGCACCGUUUAGUGUGAUAAUUGACUAGUAAUAAUUGUUGUGGAGGUGAUAUACAGCAUGUUUGGUGUCAUCAGGAGGAAGCAAGCAUCAGCUGACUUACAGUAGAACUUGUCACAAGAACCACAUGCCGGUUGACGGAGAGUUGCUGGGUUUUAUGCAGUUUCUCUGUCAAAUCAGAACAAAUGAACAAGUGAAGUUUACUGCGCUGGCAUCAGUGUGAGCUGAGUCAGCACAUAGUCAUGUAGCUCAUGUUUAACUCUCAGCUCUUAAGACAUGCAUAUUCAUACUUUUGCCUCUCCAAAAAAAAACAACAACAGUUGAAUCAGAUGCAAGUCCUGGCAACAUUCUGUUUUCAGUUUUUUUUUCCAGCUUUUUUCCAGCUUUCUUCCGAUUCUGGAAAUAUCAGUAGUGUAGUCCUUUUUUUGUUAAUGGAAGUUACAUAGAAUCCAAGGAAAUGCAAAGCAAAUGGAUUUCAGACAGAGCUGGCAAAGGAAUUUUAUUACUACAAUAACUCUGAUUACAUUUUAGAGUUUCAGACUUGAAGCGACUGUCACAAGUUUGCAGGUUAACAUUCAUUGUGUAAAUAUUCAGUUAUUUCCUAUUUUGCAGAUUUACUACUUGUAAAUAAACACGCAUCAAGGAGAGAUUAAACAUUUUUUGCUAAAUAAAA